UUCAUGGUAUAAGCUUUGUGAGUGGUCGAUAAUGAGGUCAAUUACGGCGGGAGGCGGGGUUACUUUGCGUCCGGGCGCCGGCUGCUUUUUCUUGGCCCUGGCUCGGACCUCGGUCAGGCUAGACGUCAGAGCGAUGGGGCCUCGGAGGGAAUCGCUGUGGGUCGCGUCGGUGCUUCUAGCCGUUGUUUCUGCCAAUGAAUUCAGUGUGUUAAGAUCUCCCGAAUCUGUUAUAUUUCGAGAAGGAAAUUGGCCAGUACCUGGAGAACGGAUCCCAGAUGUGGCAGCCUUAUCCAUGGGCUUCUCUAUUGAGGAAGAUCUCUCUUGGCCUGGGUUAGCAGUAGGUGAUCUCUUUCGGCGUCCUCGAGCUACUGUUCUUGUUACUGUAACGGGGAGAGACAAGCUAACAAUGCCUAAGAAAGGAGUAUCUUACCCAGUUGAGAAUGCAGUUCCUUUCAGCCUGGAUGGUGUUGCAAAUGCAAUACAUACUUUGUUUUCUGAGGAAACCCCUGUAGUUGUCCAACUAGCUCCUAGUGAAGAAAGAGUUUAUAUGGUGGGAAAAGCAAAUUCUGUAUUCGAAGAUCUUUCUGUGACACUGCGGCAACUUCGGAAUAGACUUUUCCAGGAUAACUCCAUUCUUGCAUCCCUUCCCCUCAACUCAUUGAGCAGAAACAAUGAGGUUGAUCUGCUCUUCCUGUCAGAAUUACAAGUUUUGCAUGAUAUCACAAGCUUGCUUUCUAAGCACAAACAUCUAGCCAAGGAUCAUUCACCAGAUCUAUAUUCUCUAGAACUUUCUGGGUUGGAAGAAAUAGGUAAAAGGUACGGGGAAGAUUCACAGCAGUUCAAGGAUGCUUCUCAGAUUCUUGCAGAUUCUCUGCAAAAGUUUGCAGAUGAGAUGUACAAUCUCUACAGUGGGAAUGCAGUAGUAGAAGUGGUGACUGUGAAGACUUUUGACACUCCCUUUGUGAGAAAAUCCAGAUCUAUCCUACAGUCCUCAGAGAGCAAGCCUGAAAAUCCAUAUAACCUAGGAUAUGCAUACAACUUUAACUACGCUGUUGUCUUCAAUAUAAUUUUCUGGAUUAUGAUUGGACUUGCCAUAGCUGUGAUUGUUAUCUCCUACAAUCUCUGGAAUAUGGAUCCAGGCUAUGACAGCAUCAUUUAUAGAAUGACCAACCAGAAAAUUAGAAUGGAUUAACCUUUAGAUGAAAAUUUAAGAGGAGAAAUGCUUCUUCAUUAUUCUAGCAGCAUUCAACAUGGACUCUUCAUAGUGUGAAUAUUUUCAUGAAGUAUCCAUUUGUGUUUUGUGACAAUAUAUUAAAGUUUAGUAGUAGGUAUGGUCAGCAUGCAGAGCAGUACUACACAACCAUGAGCUAGUUCCUAUUGAAAAUGAAUUUCGAUUCUACUUUGUGACUGUGCAGUGUGCAUUUUAUUUAGGGAUGCUUGUUUAUAUUGCUUUUGACUAAUGUAUAAAUUAAUAUACUGAAAUAUUCUAACACUUUUCUUACAUUGGAAGUUCAGGAUAUUCUCUUAAACUAUGUUGUAGAUGAACAAAAUAAUUCAUGAUGUAAAUACUUCAAAUUGUAGGAUUUUAAUCCUAUUAAGCCUGAUUAUUCAAUGUAAAAGUUCUUUUAAGCAGAGGUAUCUUUAAAUUACAACCUUGCUGUACAUGUGUGUAUAUCCACCCUAAAUGUUUAUUCAAAGUUACUUUGUUUUGUAAAAUUUUGAAAUUAUCUCAGAGAAGAAAAAACAUAUUGGUAUAGCAGCAGUGUUAGAAACUGUAGGAACGUAGGAUCUUGUGGUAUUAAGUCACUAGAUUGCACUGGUAGUCUCUGCUUUAUGAGUAGUGAAUUCUGUUGAAGACUUCAGUUAUAUUCCAGGUUCUUUUAAAAUGUGAUCAGUUAACAAAUGGUAAAUAGUGGCCUGUGGUUUUUGUCUCUGAGAAGUACUUAUUUCAGUUUUUGACAUGUGCUGAAGAAACAAAAAGGCUGAAAUUUGAGUGGAACGUUGUUUUCUUGGGCAUCAAGUGCGAGGCAUAACCAUAGCACUGAAGACUGUAUAGACCUUGACAUCAAGUAGAAUAUGCUUGUAGUGCAGAAUUAAUAUUAAAACAAAUGUAAUGACUUGA